UUUCUUCCUCUCACUCCAGCAUCUUUGGACAGCAACCUCCUCCCCCCUCACAGUCUGACUGGUACAGACAGUCUCUUGUUAUAAGACAUGCAGCUGCUCCUUUCUGCACUCUUUCCCUGGGGAUACCCACUUGUCACAGACUGAGGAUCAGAGUGGUCCUUACAAGCCCUGAGAGUGCCCACAGCAAAACAAAGAAUGGAUUUGUGCUGCAGAAUCACACUGCAGAACUGCUGGAUGGGAGCAUAGUGGGAUGUGAAGAAGGAGUAGGAGCACAAGGAAGGGGAAAGGAGGGCGAGAAAUGGUGAUGCAAAGAGAAACAGGUGUAUCAUUUACUUUCCCUCGAAGACACGGGUCACCCACUUGUUCCGCCGCUCUUGCUCCACGUGGGCAGGCUUUGGCUCUGGGCUGGGCCUCCUCUCCUCCUUGGCAGGACUGUACCUUGGUUUCUUUCCCUCCUUGUAUAAAUCAUGGAUAACAAGGCAUACAAAGUGGAAGGCACAUGGCCCCCACCACAAUGCAAACACACCCUGGAGCGUGAGAAGAAGAAAGCUAAGCUUCCCCCAGGGACGGUAUCUGUGGCUACAGGGAAAAGUGGGCCGCCUGUUACAGUCAUUGAAAUUUCCCCUGAGACAACCGAGGUCAAUGAUUAUUACUUGUGGUCCAUCUUCAACUUUGUCUACCUGAACUUCUGCUGCCUGGGCUUCAUUGCACUGGCCUACUCUUUGAAGGUCAGGGAUAAAAAGUUGUUGAAUGACCUCAGUGGAGCUGUGGAAGAUGCAAAAACAGCGCGACUCUUUAAUAUAACAAGCUCAGCGCUGGCAACACUCACCAUCAUUAUUGUGCUGUUGUACCUGCGCUCCCCACCGGCUCACUAUUAAGAACAUGUUUCUCUGUAUACAAACUGUGAGUGGUACCCAUCUUAGGGUCAGAGAUAGCUCUUCAUCUUAUACUGAGACAGUGAGCUCUGUAUAGUUAGAUGUAGUUGUGAGUCUCCGUUAUCUUCCUUACCCUUUAAAACUCCACCAACAAAUUUGUCCGAACGUCACUGUGAUGUCAUCAUGCCUCGCCGAAAGGCAGCCUCCAGUUGGCUGAUGGCAGCUAAUAUGCAAAACAUCAGCAGGCGACUUAACCACCUCAGCACUACAGGGGGAGGUGGAUCUACAGUAUGUGUGAGAUCGCACUGCUUUCUUGGUCCCUUCCCUCUUGUGCCUCUUCAAAAAUGACCAAGCCUGUGAAUUUAGAGUCACCCCUUUUGGGCAACUGAUCACAUCCCAUCAAAUAAAGAACUAAUGUUUUAUUAAA